CACUGCCUAGGUUUAGCCCUCUCACGGCCAUUCACCUCGUGUUGAUUCCCAAAAUGGUGAGGAAACUAAAAUUUCACGAGAAGAAGCUCUUGAAAAAAGUAGACUUUAUUUCUUGGAAAAGCGAUAAUAACAUCCGUGAGGUGAAGAUAUUACGAAAAUAUCAUAUCCAGAAGAGGGAGGACUACACUAAAUAUAACAAAGUUUGCGGAAUGGUGAGAUCUCUAGCCAACAAAAUCAAGGGCUUAGAUGCGAAAGAUCCUUUCCGAGCUGAAGCCACGGAGCAGUUAUUGGAGAAACUUUACUCACUUGGGUUGAUCACGGCGAAAAAGAACUUAUCUCUGUGUGAAAAGCUGAGUUCAUCGGCUUUCUGUCGUCGAAGGCUUCCAGUUGUAAUGGUGCGACUACGUAUGGCUCAGGCCGUAAAGGAUGCUGUGAAAUAUAUCGAACAAGGGCAUGUUCGAGUUGGACCAGAAGUUAUUACAGAUCCUGCUUUUCUUGUGACAAGGAACAUGGAGGAUUUUGUGACGUGGACAGACACGUCGAAGAUAAGGAAACACAUUAUGGAAUACAAUGAUCUUAGGGACGACUAUGACUUUUCGUGAAAACAAGCGAUAGUCUUCAGCUUAGUGAAAGCUGAAAAAAAUAGCAUUUCACUAUAUGUUCCAAAUUCAAUUUUUUAGCGCGGUAAUUGAAUUACCCCUUCUGCUCAAGGAGAGGUGUCAAAAACUUUACCGAAGGUCGCUGUGCCGGAAAAAGGGAUUUGGAGCAAAGCCCAAACAUGAGAACCAGCUUGUGACUACCGGUAAAAAGAUGGUGGUAAGAGGUGUUGUGGGUGGCUGUGGACUGCACAGGUAACAGGCUAUCGUUAAAACCCCUGGUUCGAGCUACAUACACUUCCAUCUGGUUCAACUUAAGUGAAGGUUGAAUGCUGAACAUGUAAUUCUGUAAUAAGAAUUUGAAAAAAAUGGACAGUGUCACAGAUGCCGUAGAAAAGUGUUGUAGUUCCUCAGAUUUUGUGGUAGUGAACACAAUGGUGGGUGGAGGGGGAAGAACCUGUGGUGCUGCAAUAGUGAGGGCAUUACAAGUUAAUUUGGUUUUAUUACCCAACUGUUCAAAGUAAGAGUAUAAAUAACAUGAGCAUAGAAUAUAGAUAUAUAUAUCUUAUUAGACGUUUUGUUGUGUAGAAUUGCUGUGUAUUUUUACGAGUUGUGCCGUAUU